AUGGCCGAGGAGCCAAUGGCUCCGGACGCGGCCCCGCUGGCGUCGCAGUCGGAGCAGGUCACGGUGAGGUUGCUGCUCUCGAACAGGGCAGCUGGCACCAUCAUCGGCAAGGGAGGCGGGAAGAUCUCCGAGGUCCAGGCCCUCUCGGCCACCAAUAUCCAACUCUCGCGCGCGAGCGAGUUCUUCCCAGGAACGAACGAGAGAAUCGUGAACGUUUCCGGCACCGUGAACGGGAUCCUCACGGCGCUGCAUCUGACCGUAACGAGGCUCAAGGCCGAAGACCCGGAGAGCGUGCACGCGCCGGGCCACAUGUCCGACGCCGACCCCCAGGCGCAGGAGCCUAAUAUUCUGAUCAAGAUGCUCGUUCCCAACGCCAUGUGCGGCGUCAUCAUCGGGCGCGGCGGCGAGACCAUCCGGAGCUUCAUUCAGGACUCCAACGCCCUCAUCCGCGUCUCGAACAACGACCAGAUGGUCCCGGGCGUCCAGGACAGGGUCCUCUCCGUCGUCGGCAACGUCGACCAGAUCCUCCGAGCGAUCGCCCUCAUCCUCACGCGCCUCAUGGAGCACCCGCAGUUCGACCGCAGGGCCUCGAACACGUCCACUACGCCCUCGCCCAGCGUCCCCACGCCCGGCACGCCCAUGCACGCCGCGCCCUUCCUCCCCGUCCGCUCCGGCGCCGACUCCGGCGGCAUGACGACCACCGCCAUCGCCGCCGUGCCCGACUGCCACGUGGGCAUCGUCCUCGGGAAGGGCGGCAAGGCUUUGCAGCAGCUGCAGUACAUGACGGGGUGCUGCAUCCAGGUCUCGGCGCGCGCGGACCUCAUCCCGGGGACGCAGAACCGGAAGUUCGUCAUCACGGGCCCGCCGGAGGGCGUGCAGUUCGCCCAGUUCAUCAUCGCACAAAAGGCGCAGGCGGCGCGCGCCGCGGCGAAGGACGGCGCGGGCGGGCCGGCCGCGGACGCCGCGUGCCACCCGGCCGCGCCCGCGACCGCAGCCGUGCCGGCGCCGGGGACGCCGUCGGCGGGGUGGGAGCAGCACCGCGGGGGCAACUGA